UUCUCAAGUUCAGUGAGAUGAAUUUUUUUGGUACACUGUUUGUUCUUUCAAUUAUAAUUUACAUCAAAAGACACGCAACCUUCAUCAAUGGAGACAUUGGGGACUCUUGUAGACAUGAGAAAACAAAUUCACCUGGAAUCUGUAAACUGGUUUUUGAAUGUCGUGAAGCUAUUUCAGAUAUUCGUCAGGGUAUUCCAUUGACUCAUUGUGGCUGGCAAAGUGUUAUUCAAAUAGUCUGUUGUCCAAGUUCCCUAACCCCUCAAGUUUUAACGCCCCCAUCUCAAACAUUUCAACAAUCAAAUGAUGAAAGUUUGCGAAAAAGUGAAAGAAAAUGCCGAGAAUAUGCAAAUUUUGUGUUUGAAAAUGUGACAGCACCAGUAGGUCUUCCCGGUAGAGAUCCCGAGACAGUAUCUUCCGAUACAUGCAGCUUCAAAGUGAUCCCACUUAUUGUCGGAGGUACGAAUGCAAAACCCCGUGAAUUCCCUCAUAUGGCACUCAUCGGAUAUGGAGACAAUGUCAAUUCCCUCCAAUGGAAUUGCGGUGGAAGCUUGAUAAGUGAAAAGUUUGUGCUUUCAGCUGCACACUGUGUCUUCUCCAGAGAAUUCGGUUAUGCUUCUUAUGCUCGUUUGGGAGAGUUAAAUUAUGAUACUACCACCGAUGAUGCACAUCCAGUGGAUAUAGCCAUUGAGACACACAUCAAACACCCAGAAUACACAGUAAAAUCCGACUACAAUGAUAUUGCCCUGUUCAAACUGCAAAAAUCGGCUACAUUCAAUCGCUAUGUGAGACCAAUUUGUUUGAGUGAUAAAAGAAACAUUAGAGAAAUGAAAGCCAUUGCUACAGGAUGGGGCUUGACGGAGUAUUUGGGCCAAAAGAGCAACACUUUGAGAAAAGUCACCCUAGAGCUAUUUAGCCAAUCCGAAUGCUACAGGAUAUACGAGUUUCCACCGUCUAAUAAGCUUAGUAGAGGAAUUGAUGAGAAUUCACAAAUCUGUGCUGGAUCUUACAGUGAGGAGAAGGAUACAUGCGAAGGAGACUCUGGAGGACCACUUCAAGUGUACAAUUUGGACGUCUACUGUAUGUAUAGAAUUAUUGGACUUACCUCAUUCGGCAAAGGAUGCGGCUCAGCCGGAUCACCCACAGUUUACACAAGAACAUCUAACUAUAUUGACUGGAUCGAGAGUGUUGUCUGGCCUCACUUUUUGAUAUAUUCAUGUGUUGAAACACUUUUAAUUGUGAAAUUAGUUGCUAAUAAAAUGAUUGAAAUAAGAAAAUUUUCAUUAGAAAUUAUUACUCUGUUCGUAAUUCUCGUUUUCUGUCCACGUGUUGAGAGUAAUUGUUCAAUUGGUGAUCACUGUAGGCAUGGAGUAUCAAAUGCUGAAGGUACAGCAAAACUUGUCAUUCAUUGUCAAUCAGCAAUUGCUGAUCUGAAGAAGGGAAUUAGGCCAUGGGGAUGUGGAUUUCAAGAAAAUAUACAAAUUGUUUGCUGCCUAGAUCCAGACGAUACCUAUCCCAUUACUCCUAAACCAGCAACGACCGUGGAUAGAUUUUCAGGGAGUAGCGGAAAAGAGAGGGUUUCUAUGAGAAAAUGCAAAGAAUAUGCUGAGUAUGCGUAUGAGAAUAUCACCCUACCCAUAUCAAUUCCCGGUUCUCCUGAUAUUACAAGGAGAGUCAACAGGUGUGGCUUUAAUGUGAUACCCCUGAUCGUGGGUGGAACACUAGCUGGACCCAGAGAAUUCCCACAUAUGUGUUUGAUUGGAUAUGGUGACGAUCCUAUUCAGUGGAAAUGCGGUGGAACUCUCAUUAGUGAAUACUUUGUACUCACAGCUGGACACUGCCUUAAUUCUCAAGAAUAUGGACCAGCUAAAAUGGUGCGUGUGGGUGAUUUGAAUUAUGAAUCUGAGCAAGAUGAGGCAAGGCCAGAAAAUGUGAGAAUCAAGAGACACGUACCAUUUCCAGAGUACACAAGAAGAACGCAGUACAAUGAUUUGGCACUCUUGGAACUCGAGAGGAAAGUCACAUUCAAUCCUUACGUGAGACCCGCUUGUCUUUUCACACAAUUCAAUACAGAGACUGAUAAAGCCAUCGCUACAGGAUGGGGUAGAGUUGAAUGGGCAGGUGAUACCAGCAGUAACCUCCUCAAAGUAACUCUUGAGCUGUUCACGCAUCAAGAAUGCAAUAAAUCUUUUGAAUUCAAUAUCAACAGAAAACUUAGCAAGGGAAUUGUGGACGAAUCACAACUUUGUGCAGGUUCUCACAGCGAAGAAAAAGACACUUGCGAAGGAGAUUCCGGAGGUCCACUUCAAAUCUACAACAACAAUGUAUACUGCAUGUACAACAUAAUUGGAGUGACAUCCUUUGGCAAAGGAUGUGGGUCAGUGGGUCAGCCAGGAGUCUACACGAGAAUCUCCAACUAUCUUGACUGGAUUGAAGAAGUAACGUGGCCGAAUGAGUGAGACAUUGUCUGCAUCAAUAAGUCAGAGUAUUGUAAUAGAAUUCAUAAAUGAU